UUUUUUUUUUUUCUUCUUUGUCUCUAUCUAUUUAUCUGACGUUUACGCCUGUCAUUUUCCCUAUUUCUUGCACGUUUCAUUUUCCGGCCUGUUGCCUAAUUUUGUUUUAGCGCUUUUCACCUCAUGAUGCUUCCAAAAUCAUCGUACGUAUCGGUCAAUUUAUUAGAGCCCACGAUUUAUAUUGAACCCAAUAGCGAUAACUUCAAUGUCGUUCGUGGUACCGUCAACAUUAACUUGCCUCGUACGACUACUGUUAAAUCGAUCUCUGUUCGCUUCGAUGGCGUCAUGGAAACGAAAGGUUACACGUUUGCAUCUGUAGAAGCUGGUGCUUAUGCGCAACGUAAACCGCUUGCUCGUCAACGACUUGUUCUUUAUCCCAACCUGCUCGGACAGCCAGAGGAAACCGUCAACCGUCCUUUGGUCAUGAAUGCAGGUCUUACUCAAUUUGGUUUCGAGAUGCAAAUCCCUUCCAAACUUCCAGAAACGAUCGAGUGUUCUGAUAUCAAAGUCAAUUACAAUGUCACUGCCGUCUUGGAAUACUACAGCCGAAACUCUUCAACAGCCUCUACUCUUUUGCAGCAACUCGGUCGUACUUACAAUCGUGGCUCGUACAACAAUAAAAACGGUCGCUACAUUAAAGCCUUUGCCAAACAGCCUAUCCGUGUGGCUCGUCUCCCUUACUGUAAUCUCUUACUCGGUGACUCCAUGGCAGACCCCAUUGAUUCGCGUACACAUCGCUCCCGCUGGCUGAACUAUCAGAUUUUAAUCAACAAAAAGGCGGUUGCUCUUGGUUCUGACUUACCCAUCACUUUUCGACUGACGCCUGCCGAUGCUGAAGACGAAGUGACGAUGGAUCGCGUGUCAAUACAAAUGCUAGAGCGUCGUGAUCUUUUCAGAAGUAACUCAACUCCACAUACCAGCCAUUCCAUUUUCACUAUCCAACCUUCAGCGAACAACCAACUCAACGGUGGCGAUGUAUUACCUCUCAACACAGCUUUGACCGCUGGCCAUGCAUGGGAAGGCACCGUCUAUUAUUCUAUCCCUGAAAACAAAGCCUUAUCUCACUCCACCCAAGAGUAUUCCGAAUUCAAUAUCAGUCAUACCUUAUUGAUUUCUAUCACUUUAUCUGUUCCUGGUGGCUCGGGUCGCUUCACAUCCAGCCGUGUUCAAAAGACGCUUAGCUUUCAAACCCAUAUUGAUAUUCUAGACGAGACCGUAGGCGAAUUGGAAGCAUUCAAGUUGCCUACCUACGAUGCUCCCCCCUCUUUUGAUGAAGCUGUGUACGGCCUAUCUCCAUCUCAACAACAACAUGUCUGCCUUGAAUCUACUGGAUUGGAUCGUAAAUUCAGUGAGUUUCCACCUAGUUAUGAAGAUAUCAGCACCACUACCCGCCCCAUCAAUGAUACUGUACAUACAACAACAACAACAACAACAACAACAGUAACGGCUGACAGAUAAUGGAACAGCCUCCAAAAAAAUAAUCUGUAAAAAAAGUUGUAAUC